AUGCAGAGGUCUGUGAGCUUGUUGGACAAAAAUGAAAAAGUUGAGCAGCAGAGUGAAUAGAGAAGAUUUUUGGAGCUAAAUAGCUAAAUGUAGCCUCCGUCUGCAUUUCCCUCAUCAGGAAAAACAAGUAGAGUGCAGACUCCUCCCCGUGACCUUUGUAAAAUCUUUCAGAGUUUUUCAUUCUGUUGAGCACCUGCUGAGUUACAUGUUCCCUCCUCCUCAUCUCAGCCACAGACGCAGCAGAAGUCAAUCUACAAAAUGCUUGACUCUUGCCUGUUCCUGCUUCUCCUUGUUCCAGGGGGGCAGAUGUUUAUGAUCCAUAACACGCAGCAUGGCCUGUGUCUGGAGGAGUCAGCUGACACUAGUCAAGUUCUCCUGAAACAGUGUGACCUGGACUCUCAGGCUCAGCAGUGGCUCUGGAUCAACCAGGGCAUGCUGACGUGUGUCGGAUCCUCCAGGUGUCUGUCGGCUCAGCAGAACCAUCCGGUCCAAACCCAGGCCUGUCCGGAGUCAGACCAGGAAGCUCCAGAGCUGAUGUGGGACUGUAGCAGUAACAGACUCAGCAGCAGAAACACUUCCUUAAUGCUGUCCACCGACGGCCAGCGUGUGAUUCUCACAAACCACCUCAAGCACUUUGAGUGGAAGUCUCUUGACGAGGUGGACGUCUGUCAGACGAGCCUCCGGCUCCGGAGAGCGUCUGAGGACCAGGACCCGUUAGAGGAUCCGGAGGAGGCAGCAGACGGGAUGAAAGGCAUGACAGAGGAGCAGAGAGAGUAUUUCCGCUGGUUCUACCGUACCGAGGACCCAACUAUUUGGACAUUUGUGCUUUUGGUUCUGGCUUUUGUCUGUUUGCUCAUUGGGUUUUUGCUGCUGGGAAUGGGAGCCAUGGCCAAUAAGAGCAGAAAGAAGAUAGCUAAAUACAAAGCCCAAGCAUCCCUUGUUAAGAGGCAUGAAGGUGAAGAGCUUCAAGUCGUUUCUGCUCUUUGGGAUAACGGCACAUCUCCGUUGCCACAGGGCCACACGUCAUCCGUGUCUGAAGGGGACACAAAGGAACUGAAAACAGGGGACAUUGUGGUCACAUGGAAAGACGGCAAUACCUCCUGCUUGUAUCCAGAUCAUAUUUUAGAGGAGAGACAGGAGGAGCUGGAGAAACAGGAGGAAGUGUGGCAGGAACGAGAGGCUCAUGAUGAGGGGAGGAUGACAGAGUGAAUACUGGUCUGUUCCUUAGCUUUUAAACGGAUCCACCAUUAGUUGUAACAAUAGACUUUAUUUGAGAAAUAUUUAUUUAGAUAUAAAAACAAUACAGUGAAAAUACCGUUUUUAUAAAUUUAAAUAAAAUAUUGUCACAUGGACGUUGCCAUAUUGUUUACACUGCAAUGCAUUCUGGGUAAAUGACGUUUGCUUGGUCCAGUUGUGCUAGCUCCGUCCAGCUAAAACAGCAAUGAUAACAUUAAGACUUUUCAAUUUGAACUGGAGUUCAUUGAAAUUGAUCUGGAUGUAGAAAUCACAAGAAAUAAUGAAGAUGAGGAGAAACAAACAGAGGAAGAGGACAAAGUCACUGAAGAAUCUGGUCUUUGUGCUGCUGCCACAUUCAGUUUCAUAAAUGAAACGAUAAAUGCGGGAUUUAUGUGCUUUGUGGAUAAAAACUGUUGGCAUUGCAUUUGGUUUUAGCUUGUGAAGGUAACCUGCUAGAUCCUUCAUCAGUUUUGCUCAUACUAAUGAUUCAGUCUUCUGGAGAGAAAUGUUGAGGGCACUAUUGUGUCCUUCAGAAAUUGUGUUCAGCUCUGUCCCACUGUUCUCUUUUUUUCAUGUGGGAAGCAAAGCAGACUCACCUCAUUACUUUUUUUAAGUCUAAAAUUACACAACAUGCAAUAUGAUGAACAACUUGGGUUAAGUUAGCCUUCCUGUGUUUACUCUCAGAUUCCAGUACAAAAUGGACCAACCACAUCAUCAAACCAGCAAGGUGAAAAAUGACUACAUCCAUGGGUGAAAAAUAUGAUAGAUCUAAAUUUUUUGAAGUAAUUAUGACUUUUGACAUCUCACAAACUGCAAUUUUUGAGUUAAUAGGAAAGAUGGAACAAAUUUAGGACAUGUUCAACUAACUGUGGAUCACUUUAACAUUUCCUUUCAUUCAGAUUUAAUAAACUACAAAGCUCUAAAGAUGUUUUUUCAACAAUCAUGUGACUGACUACCUGCUCGGUACUCUUUGAUGUGAACUAUUCAGAAAUCUUUAAAUCCCCUCAACCUCUUCUGUUUCUGUCUUAUGUAAUCUUGACCCAAUGAUGACUGCUGCCACAAGCUCACCUGAAACCACUGCAGGUCUUAAUGCAGUGACCUGAUGGAGUACAUGGAGUAUGCAUCAGUGUCAUCCAAUGAGAUUCAUGACUCCUCUGGAGUCAGGUGUACAAAUUAAAACCCAAAAUAGAAGCUGAGAUUUAAAUUUAGCUGAUAUUUUGGCCUUAACUUAAACAUUUAAUUGUAUUAGAAGCUUUCAAUUGUGCUUUAAUCAAUUCUAUACAUGAUAACAACACUAUGGCAAAAACAACAGAAUACUAUUUUAUAUAAACUGAAAUUAGAUUUUUUAAUAUUUUUUUUUGGUUGAUUCCUUUUUAACUAAAAUUUAAAAUGAUCUCACUAUGUUUUUAAUAUAAAGUCUAUUCCCACAAAUCUUUGUGUCACUUUUGUAAAAAAUUGCUUCAGUUUUAAAAAUCUGGCAGCUUUAAUGGAGCUGAUCAGCAUGGAGGAGAGUCGUUCUGGAACAGUUCUAUUCUCACUCAGUGUUCUUGUACUUUUCUUAUUGUUUUCAGUCUUUCUAAUUUAUAGAACACCUGUUGCCCUUUGUGUCUAUUUGGUUCAACUCCUCACCACCAUCAGUGGGACAUUGUACUUUCUGCUUCAUCUUAUUCAUUUCCACUGCUCAUUUGUGGCUGAUCAGAAGGACUAAUUAUGCCACUUUGCUGCCAUGUAGUGAACUCGGUAAGCCAAAGUAUGACUAAUUUCACAACUUUGCAUCCUGUAUAUGGUAACUUGUAUGUGUUAUAUUCAAAAUCAAUUUACAAUCUGCUUGACAGUAAAAGCGCAACAUUAGAAGUAAGUGGUUAAAGUUUCCAUUUAGCAUAUGUCUGUCUUCUCUGUAAUGUGUUGUUAAAUCAAUUUUCCAUCUUGUUUUGUUGAAACUUUUUCCAAAAUGGAAUAAGGUUAUACCUAAGUGGUAAAUGGACUGAACUGAUUUUGCAAUCAUUUUAAUCACUAAAAUAAAUGUGACUUACAC